GGCGCGAGUGACAUGAGUGAGUUGGUAUUCACUACGAACGAAGCAAUACGUGACCAAUUCUAAACGACGUCAUGGCUACGGUCGUCAAGGCAGGUGAUGAGCUGCGCACGAGUUCCAACAAGACCGAGGAACCAGCGAAGAAGGCUGCAGUCCAACCGAAAGUGACUUCGGAUUUCAUCCCUCCGGAUGGCGGCUGGGGUUGGAUGGUGGUCCUGGCCGCUGGAUGCUCGAAUUUAUGUACCUUCCCAGCUCUCCAACAAUUCGGCUUGCUCUUCCGGGAACAGAUGAGUCAGCUAAAUAUCAACUCCUCCCAGAUCACCACCAUCAUCAACACGAAUUCUGCAUUGAUGUCCAUCAUUGGCCUCCUCAACGGACCGAUGUUCCGACGAUUCACCUUCCGGCAAGUGGCCUUCUUCGGUGCAUCUUUGGUCACCCUUGCGCUACUCCUAACGUCCCUAGCCGACUCGUUUCUCGUGUACCUCAUAACCUUCUCAGUAUUGUACGGUUCGGGCGUUGGUAUCACCGCUUCCGCCAACUCCCUAGCCUUGAACACCUAUUUCAAAGAGAAGCGCCGCUACGCUACCGGUUUCUCAUGGACGGCAACCGCUCUCGGUCCCAUAAUCGCACCGCAUAUCAUCACCUUCCUGUUGCCACGCUUCGGAGUCAGUGGAACGGUGCUGAUCUUCGCCGGAUUCGCCAUGAACGCCAUAGUUUGCUCGUUGCUUCUGCAACCGGUUCACUGGCAUGUCAAACCCCUUCCGUCAUCGGACGUCGAAGAAGCCAAACCGGAACCACGGUGUCAAUUUUGCCAAUCUCAGCCUCGUCCGCUUAGGAAAGACCACAGUCUCCUGUCCAGUCAGUACAUCUACAACGCGGACGAUGCCUGCACCACGGGAUACGAAAUCAUCGAUCCGGGAACACCGAUGCUGUCCCGCGCCAACGACGGUUGGUACGGCUCCCGACUCAAUCUGGGCACACCAAGUCGGAUGCCUUCAUCCCGUCCUUCCUAUGCGAAUCUCUCCGCAGCGACAGAACGACCUCCGAAAGCGGUCAGUGAGCGGCAGUACCUCACCGAUAACAACAGCGCUAAAGGAGGCUUCCGGAAGCGAACCAAUACCUUCAUCCGAGAGAGGGAAGUUCUCAACAUGGCAUCCAGCAAGCUGGAGCAGAUCCUGGACCACGAAGCCUGCUGCCAGUGUACAUGUGACGAAGACCGUAAAGCUCUCCUACUGGACAGCGAACCGGAACCGGUCGAAAAACUCAGUAUUCUACAGAAGAUCGCCAUCUUCUUCGAUUUGGACCUGCUGAAGGACUCGAUUUACGUGAACAUCAUGGUCGGCAUAACGCUGGCCAACUUUGCCGAGCUGAACUUCUCCGUCCUGACGCCCUUUGUGUUGGGAGAUUUUGGAUUGGCCAAGGAUCAGAUCGCCUUGGCCAUGUCCUUUCUCGGAGCGAUGGACAUCCUGUGCCGCUUUACGAUACCAUUCAUCGCGGGGAAGAUCGGAUGGGAGAAUCGAACGUUCUUCCUGUUCGGGGUACUUAACAUGGCGCUGGGGAGAAUCGUUCUAGCGCACUUCCAUUCCUACCCGGUGGUCAUGACCGUGGCCUGCUGGAUCGGCUUCAACAAGGGACUCCGGACGGUGUUCAUGGCUCUGGCGAUACCGUCGCACGUUCCACUUGAGCGACUACCGGGUGCAACCGGUAUCCAACUGCUCUUUUCCGGACUGUUCUACCUCUUCGUGGGACCCGUGAUCGGUUUCAUCCGCGAUCGCACCAACUACACUGUCACGCUUCACUGUCUCAACGUGGCCACCUACGUGACGGCAGUCAGCUGGGCCGUGGAGAUGUUCUACCUAACACCGCGACACCUCCGACGGCAACAGGAAGCAGACAAUCUGGGCCAGACGGCGGAGCAGAAAGAACAGCUUCUAUCUCAGCAACAGAAACGGGAUGUCAUCAUCGGUAGAUAGGUGCUACUUUGAGCAUGUUUGUUUGUGUAUAGAAAAUUGUAUUAGGAAAUAAAACACUUUCA